AUGGAGAGAGUGGUGGGAGGAGACAGACAGAGUGAAGGGCACGAGGAGAUGGACAGAGUUUUUAUGGAGUACGGACGCUUCAGAGAGAGAAGGGAGCCAGAAUAUCCGUCCAUCUUCGAGAUCUUUCCCUGUCAACCGACUCCAGGACCUGCCCCUCGCAUGAAGAAAGAAGAGAAUAGUAAGGACGAUACUCGGAAGGACGGCCGUGCAGAGGGCCAUGCUGUUAGGCGCGUCAAGAAGAGGAAGGCAGCCCAAGAAAUACCGCCGUCUGAUGACCGCGAGCGCAAACACACCGAGCAGCGUCGCCGUCGCCGCAAGAGACGUGAGAAUAAAUUGGUCGCCGCGCCGCAGGAGGGCCCUGCUGGGGUCCACGUUAUUGGGCGCUUCAAAGUAAAUAAGGUCGAAGAAGAUAAUCCACAGUUUAAGGAUCAAGACAUCGACCAGACUACACAGAGAGAGAUUUUCCUCAAGGAACGAGAUAUAAUACUGGUCGAUGCGCCGCAGGAGGGCCCCAGUGAGGUGGAUGUUCUCAAGAUGGAUCAAGAGGAGGAGAGAGUAGCUGAUUGUCUCGUGGAGGCUGUCAAGAUCGACCAAGCCUGUCAACUUUUAGAGGAGGAGUCAGCUGAGAGUCUCACGGGUGCUGCCAAGAUGGGCGAAGCAUGUGGAGAGAUUAAGGAAGGGGCAGAUCAUGGUCUCAUGGAUGUUGCUGAGACUGACCCAGUAUGUGGAGAUGAGGUGGAAGGGGCAGCUGAGGGUCUAAUGUGUCUUACCAGGAUGGAACAAGCCCAUCAAUAUUUAGAGAAGGAGGUAGCUGAGAGUCUCACGGGUGCUGCCAAGAUGGGCGAAGCAUGUGGAGAGGUUAAGGAAGGGGCAGAUCAUGGUCUCAUGGAUGUUGCUGAGACUGACCAAGUAUGUGGAGAUGAGGUGGAAGGGGCAGCUGAGAGUCUAGUGAGUGCUGCCAAGGUGGAACAAGCCCAUCAAGAUAUAGAGGAGGAGGCAGCUGAGAGUGUCAUGGGUGCUGCCAAGAUGGGCGAAGCACGUGAAGAGAUUAAGGAAGGGGCAGAUCAUGUUCUCAUGGAUGUUGCUGAGAGUGACCAAGUAUGUGGAGAUGAGGUGGAAGGGGCAGCUGAGAGUCUAGUGAGUGCUGCAAAGAUGGAACAAGGCCAUCAAGAUAUAGAGGAGGAGGCAGCUGAGAGUGUCAUGGGUGCUGCCAAGAUGGGCGAAGCAUGUGGAGAGUUUAAGGAAGGGGCAGAUCAUGGUCUCAUGGAUGUUGCUGAGACUGACCAAAUGGGCGAAGCAUGUGGAGAAAUUAAGGAAGGGGCAGAUCAUGGUCUCAUGGAUGUUGCUGAGACUGACCAAGUAUGUGGAGAUGAGUUGGAAGGGGCAGCUGAGAGUCUAGUGAGUGCUGCCAAGGUGGAACAAGCCCAUCAAGAUAUAGAGGAGGAGGCAGCUGAGAGCGUCAUGGGUGCUGCCAAGAUGGGCGAAGCACGUGAAGAGAUUAAGGAAGGGGCAGAUCAUGGUCUCAUGGAUGUUGCUGAGACUGACCAAGUAUGUGGAGAUGAGGUGAAAGGGGCAGCUGAGAGUCUAGUGAGUGCUGCCAAGGUGGAACAAGCCCAUCAAGAUACAGAGGAGGAGGCAGCUGAGAGUGUCAUGGGUGCUGCCAAGAUGGGUGAAGCACGUGAAGAGAUUAAGGAAAGGGCAGAUCAUGGUCUCAUUGAUGUUGCUGAGAGUGACCAAGUAUGUGGAGAUGAGGUGGAAGGGGCAGCUGAGAGUCUAGUGAGUGCUGCCAAGGUGGAACAAGCCCAUCAAGAUACAGAGGAGGAGGCAGCUGAGAGCGUCAUGGGUGCUGCCAAGAUGGGCGAAGCAUGUGAAGAGAUUAAGGAAGGGGCAGAUCAUGGUCUCAUGGAUGUUGCUGAGACUGACCAAGUAUGUGGAGAUGAGGUGAAAGGGGCAGCUGAGAGUCUAGUGAGUGCUGCCAAGGUGGAACAAGGCCAUCAAGAUAUAGAGGAGGAGACAGCUGAGAGCGUCAUGGGUGCUGCCAAGAUGGGCGAAGCACGUGAAGAGAUUAAGGAAGGGGCAGAUCAUGGUCUCAUGGAUGUUGCUGAGACUGACCAAGUAUGUGGAAAUGAGGUGGAAGGGGCAGCUGAGAGUCUAGUGAGUGCUGCCAAGGUGGAACAAGCCCAUCAAGAUACAGAGGAGGAGGCAGCUGAGAGUGUCAUGGGUGCUGCCAAGAUGGGCGAAGCACGUGAAGAGAUUAAGGAAGGGGCAGAUCAUGGUCUCAUUGAUGUUGCAGAGACUGACCCAGUAUGUGGAGAUGAGUUGGAAGGGGCAGCUGAGAGUCUAGUGGGUGCUGCAAAGAUGGAACAAGGCCAUCAAGAUAUAGAGGAGGAGGCAGCUGAGAGUGUCAUGGGUGCUGCCAAAAUGGGCAAAGCACGUGGAGAGAUUAAGGAAGGCGCAGAUGAGAGUCUUGUGGAUGCUUCUGAGAUUGACAAAGCAGGUGUUGAUGAGGAGGAAGGGACAGCUGAGAUUCUAGUGAAUCCUGCGAAGAUGGAAAAAGCUCUCCAAGACUUAGAGGAGGAGGCAGCUGAGAGUCUCAUGGGUGCUGCUGAGAUUGAUGAAGACUGUGCAGAUGAGGAGGAGGGGUCAGCCGAGACUCUCGUGAAUGUUGCAAAGACGGAACAAGCCCCUAGAGAUCUAGAGGAGGGCGCAGCCGAGAGUGUCAGUGGUGAUGCCAAGAUGAAGGAAGUCAGUGUAGAGGUGGUGGAGGGGGUUGCUGUGACUCCCUGUAACCAACCCUCGGGUGCCGCUUGCACCCACUGA